AAUUUUCUUUAACAUAAAAAAAUCAAUCUUGUCUUCUCACACAGUUACACUUUCUGUGUGUGUAUAGAGAGAAGAGAAACCAUGAACACGAAAGAAAUUUAUUAUAGUGUACAUGAAUGAAUGGAUUCCGCUAUGCAAAUUGAGUGCUCCUUACAAGAGGGAUUUCCAAAGCUGAAAGCAAAACCCUCAUAAGAGCCUCAAAUAUUCAUAACUUUCUUGGCUUUCAACUCAUCCGAUCCCCAUCUUGUGUUAUUCCUUCCAAGAAAGAUAACUCGCUUUUUACCCAUCUGGAGGAUAAUAAAAUAUAUUCCAAUCCAAGUGGUGUUGUGAUGGGGGAUCAUUUCGUCUUUUUGGUUGAUCGAUUGCUCACAGAAUCAACAUUAGAAGCUGCAAUCGAAAGUAGAAACCCUUCAAAGAAUUUGGGAAAAGAUGACACAGUUAUCGAUUGUUCUUCUUCUUCUUCUCAUGUUGAUUUCACUCCAAAGAAAUUGGUUGAAUGCAGAAUAUGUCAAGAUGAGGAUUUCGAUUCAAAUAUGGAGACCCCAUGCUCUUGUUGUGGCAGCUUAAAGUAUGCUCAUCGCAGAUGUGUUCAAAGAUGGUGUAAUGAGAAGGGUGACACCAUGUGUGAAAUUUGUCACCAGCAAUUCAAACCGGGUUACACAGCACCAUCACGUGUUUUUCGGUUAGGGGGAAUUCCAUUGAACUUGAGGGGACAUUGGCAUGUAGCUAGAAGGGAUAUAAACAAUAAUCCUCGAUUAAUUACAGUUGUUUCACCCGAUCGUAAUUUCCUCGAUCAAGAUUAUGAUGAAUACGUGGACCCCACUUCUAGAAGCUUCACAUGCUUCCGCUCAGUUGCCGCCAUUUUUGUGGUUCUUCUCUUCUUGCGUCACUCACUUCCUGCAAUUGUAAAUGGAACAUGGAAUUACUCGUUUCCUAUGUUUGUGUUAUGGUUCUUAAGAACUUCAGCGAUUGUUGUACCAAUAUAUAUCAUGAUGAGAGCGAUGGUGGCUUUGAUACAUUGGCGACGAAGAUUGGCUUUAAGUGCAUCAAUGUCGUCUCUUUCUUCUGAUGAUGAUGAGGGAGAAGGUAGUCUAACGCCACCUCAGCAACAGCCACCUGUCACACGUGUUCAUUGAUCUGUGUUGGCAUGAGGUUUGAGCAAUCAGGACCAAAUGUUGAUGUGUUGACACGUGUUCAAUGUUUAGUGUCUUAAAUGUGUAUUCUAAGGGGAUUAUUGGAAAAUGAAGUAGCCUUGCGUUAUAAUCUGUAUCAUGUACAAUUUAUGUAUCUUGUUAUCGUAUUUUUAAAAUUUUCCACUUACAAAGCAAA